UGUUUUCUUGAUUUUCUUUCUUGAAUUUUCUUGUUCUUGUUCUUCCUUUUAUUACAUGUCCAUACAAAAAAUCUUGAAUAUUAAUAUAUAUCACAUCAAAUUAAAUUAAUUUUAGCUAGUUGCCUUUCCUGAUUCUUCAAAAUAUAGAUUUGCUCUUCUUUUUACUCUCUUAGUUGUUCAUCAGGAUUUAAAAGUGGAGUAAUUUUGAUCAAGUUGUGGGUAUUUGAUAUAAAUUAGAUUUUCUUUUUCUUGUUUGAUAGAGAGAUGGGGAAGCAAUUUGAUCGUCAAGAUUCUGAGAUUGAAUUUCAGAGAAAUCUUCCGGGUUGUAUGUGGAGCAUGUUUCAUGUUCUUGAUUAUCAUCACUGGCACAGUAAGAUUUCUCCCAGAAGAAGACAUAGGAGAGGGAAACACACCAUAUGCUGUGGAUAUCCAAAAACAAUAUCGUUUCCGCAUUACACGGAUGAAGAGCAGAACUUUUUGGAUGUUGAUGCUGUCCCCUCACAGCACGGUGUAGAAGCUGCGGCAAGCAAAAGAAAUUCGGGUAAAGCUCGAAUAAAAGCACUGAUUGCUAAAGAGAUCUCUACAAGAUCACAGUUGCAGCGAGAUAUUUCAAUCAAUGGCUUCCGGCAAUCAAAAGAUGUUAGCAAAAAAACUGCUGAUUGGCGAAAUCCUAUAAUAAUCCUUGAACGAAACGGUGAUAAUGCUGCCUCUAGAUUGCAUGUUUCAUCUCAACUAAAAGAGUCUGAUGCAUUUUCCUCAGAAAUGGGUGAUAAGUUAGUCAGCAAGUCACUGAAUCACAACUUUUCAGACAGUAAGCAGAUUUCGCAUAGUCAAUUUGUGGAAUGCGGAGAAGUUGUAGAGAUUUUUAAGGCUGAGAAUAAGUUAUUCGUCGAAAUCCUACACGACCCUGAUGUUCAAGCUUCCAAGAAACUAAAAAAGUCAGGAUCAUUUCCUUUAGCUGUCUCCCCACAUAAAAUUUUCAAGCCUGUUACACUUGAACACAAGUGGAAGGAAACUUGGUCCUUCCGGAAAGGAGAAAAGUCCCCAAAUGUUGUUGGAUCGAAGUUUGAUAUGUUAUCAGGUUUAAAAGAUGAUGAUGACGGCGGUGGAGUAGCCGGUGUUACUCAUGAAUCAGACUUGUAUUCUUCGUCUACGUCUAAGUUGCCUCAUGGAUCAAAUAAGCACGGUUGGCAUCAAUCAUUUAUGCGUCAUUUGAAAGAUGCUAUAAAGAAAAUAACACAUAUAGGGAGCGAAAAGAAGGAUCACAUGUCGAUGAAUGCUUUCUUCCAUAGAAUUCCCUCAAUUUCGAAUGAUAAGAACGAGAAUUCUUCUGAAAAAUUGAAGGAUAUUGAGGCGAAUAAUUCUUAUAAUGAUUUUGUGAAGAAAGUUGAACUUCCUCAUAUGAGAAGGAUAUCCUCUUUGAAUGAGUCAAUGGAUAGAUAUACUCGGUUGUUUGAAUAUAGUUCAAACAAAGAGGCCGGGUGGCAUAAGUAUCAAUCCAAGAGCUUAAGAUUGGCAAACGAAGACAAGUUUCCAACGAGAGGAUCGAGUCAAAAAUCCGUCAGGAGAAGACUUUCUCUGCCUGAUCUUGAAUCGCUUUGUCCCUUUCCGAAUGAGACAUCAAUUGAUGCAUUUCAAUCGGGGACACCAAUCAAGACUAGUACGAAAUAUGAUAUGAGUAGCGAGAAUGUCACCUGGAAUGAGCUGAACUCAAGAAUCGAACAGCUCGAUGGUGUUGAAGAGGCGGUUGAGGAAAACACAGAGGAGGCUGGAAACAGCUGCGAGAUUAAAGAAUAUUCUGAUGAUUUAAUAGUUUGCCAGGAUCAGAAUAUUAGUCCCGUUAUAAACUCUAGCAUUGUGCACGAAAAUGAAAGUCCUGUUUCGGUUCUUGAGACACAUUUUCGACAUGACAUAACUUCCCAGGCAGAGUUCCCUUUCUCAAAAGAUUCUGAAUUGGACUCAAAGGGCAUUUGCAUCGACGAACCAGAUUCUUCGGUCAAUCUACAAGAAGCAUCUAUCAGCAACUCCUGGUCAGAUUCAAACCUCGAGAAUACUCAAAAUACGCAGACGAAACCCAACAACAGUUUCCUUCCCUUGGUAGACGAUGCUGAUUUUAAUUAUGUGAGAGACAUUCUUGAAUUAUCCGGCUUCACCGAGCAAGAGUGCCUUGGAAUGUGGCACUCACUAGACCAUCCAUUAAGUCCUACUUUAUUCAAAGAACUAGAGGCUUAUUUGCAUCAAGAAGUAGAAUGCUCACCAGAAGAUGUGGCCUCCACCAACAAUCACCAGCUUCUGUUUGAUUUGAGUAAUGAGUUUCUACUUCAGAUAUAUGAGAGCUCAUUAGCUUACUACCCUAAGCCAUUCUCCUUUGCUCGACGUGUACGUCUACGUCCAUCACCUAAGGGAGACCAUAUUGUUGAGGAAGUAUGGAGAAGAAUUAGUUCCUUUAGGAACCCGAAUUCGAAGUUGGAUCAAACAUUGGAUGACAUAGUGGCUCGAGACUUGGCGAAAGAUGAGAGUUGGAUAAACCUUCAGUUGGAUGUUGAGGACAUAGCACUUGACCUUGAAGAUUUGAUUUUUGAUCAACUUUUAGAUGAAAUUAUUUGCUCAUGAGAAACUGAAUUUGUUGGUUCCGUUCAGUUAAUUCGAUUUGGUUCGGUUUUUGCACACCUCGAGUAGGCCUAGUUAUGAUGCAUCAAUAGCAACUUUGUUUAUAUGAAUUUUGUUUCUUCUUGGUUUUUUUCCUAGUAAAUUAAUGCUUCAUUCUUGAUUCUUACAAAGACUUGGAACAUUGAAACAACUAGGUGUUCUGUUGUAUUGUACGUUGUAAUUAUAAACUUGUAUAUAUGUUGGUAAAAUUCUUUGAAAAGUGAUGCUUCUUCUGAACACAUUAAUAAAGUUUUAUUUUACCAUUGUAAA